UCCAUUGGGUAGAAAGACUUCAGUGCUGUAAACAAGACUUCUCCUCAAGAUGCAAGAACUGGUUGCUUUGAUUCUUCUUAGUACUGUUUGUACUGUAGAGUCUACAGAGGUUCCUCAUUUGAUCUCCACAACUGAGAGUAUACCUGGUGACAAUGUUACCUUUUCCUGUAAAUUGCCUAAGGAUAACAGAUUCAUUAUGUGGUAUAAACAGUCUCCUGGAAAGAUGCUCCAAACAAUUGCUACAGGAAUUUAUAAUAUAAUUACAAAAACUGAGACAUUCAAUAAUAAUCGUUUCCAAUUUGGUAGAGAAAACAAUGAGAUGUUUCUUACCAUACAAUCUGUUAAAAAGGAAGAUGAAGCUGUAUACUUCUGCCAAAGUGGAACUGAAUUUUUACUAACUAUUCAUAAUGGAUUCCUCUUGGUUGUAAAGGACUGUAAUCAACAGGCAUCUGUCUAUGUGGAACAGACUCCAGACGCUGCAGCGGUCCAGCCAGGAGACACCAUGAGUCUCCAGUGUUCCCUGUUUUCAACGAACAGUGAAACAAGACCUCAGUGUCCAGGAGAAAACUUUGUUCACUGGUUCAAAUCUGGAUCUGGAAGUUCUUAUCCAAGUAUCAUUUACACUGCAAGGAAUAGCACAGACGAUGCAGCGAAGAGAAGCUGUGCCUACCACCUUUCAAAAACAUUAGAGAACUCCUCUGAUUUUGGAACGUACUACUGUGCUGUGGCUAUUUGUGGAGAAAUACUCCUAGGCAAUGGAAGUAAACUGGAAACCAAACAAGACUCAAGUGUUCUUGUACUUGGAGGACUGUUGGGAUGCUGCGUGAUUGUGAUUAUCAGCCUUAUCUUCUACAUAAUUGGAUGGAGAGUUUCGAACAGUUCUAAAGCAAUAAAAGGAUCACAUCAUGCAGAACAUCAAACUUCAACUACAAAGUACUUGGAUAAAGAAGAGAAUAUGACCUAUGCAGAGGGACUGAAUUUCUCUGCAACAAAUGUGAGACACUGCAAGAAAGUGAACACAGAAUGUGUGUAUUCUUCUGCUAGAGUAAAUUCACAAAAACAGCAGCAGCUCUGAUUAGAGCAGCAGUAUUUGCACCAGUCCCCCGAAAGCAGAUUAAAAGAUUAGUCAAGCAUUUUGGGUGCAAUCUUUAAAGAAUUCAAGGAUGUUUGUCUAUUUCUUCCUGCGAGAUAUUUCAUGCCUGUUCAAGUCAACUUCCUACUUUCUAAAUGUGUCCAUUCUUAUAUUUAAGACCUUCAGCUCAUUGAAAACAUUAUUUUUUUUAUAUUAACAGAUUAUUUUAGUUAUCACUUGGUGUUAAUAAAAUACAACUUGUCUUUGAAAGAUGAAAAUAAAAAGGUUUGUCAGUAAAUGUCCUGGAAACUUGUGAUCUUUUAAAAAUAAACAUUUAGAAAGUUCUGAUUCAACAAUUACAAAGCAAUAAAUUAUCUGCAGAGAUGUUUUUGUGAAGUAAAACCGAUUGAAUACUUGAAUGAGAAAGUUUGUUUGUUUUCCAAUCAAUAUAAACUCUGUUAAGUUUUUAUUUUUAGGGCUGAUUUAAAGAGAAGACAUGUCAGUACUUUGUAAUUGUAUUGCAACUUUAACACUUUUGAUUUAAAUUGAGGGUAAAAAAUACUGCAGCAAAAAUUAUCAUGAUGGACUUUAUCUUUUCUCACUGAUAGUUUAAAUUUCACCACAAUGCUCUUAUAUUACAACAUUAGUAAUAAGUAAAGAACAAAUGACAAUUUCAUAAUAAAAUGCUCGAGAAAUUUUGAUGAAUUCACUUCUUCAAAAUACGCAUGUCUAAUUCCACUGUGCUUUAGUGUGAAGCCCAUCUUAAAUGUGACCCUGAAAAUAUCCAUCUUAAUUAUUGCUAAUUUCUUAUAUCAAGUUUCUAAAUCAAAUUUUGUUCUUAUCUACCAAAUGUCAGACAAUCUGGCAACAACUUCACUGAAUGAAUACCAGAGGUUUUUCAACAAAUAAAUCUCAGCUCUGGAUUUAACAAAUAUGCAGUUAAAUAUAAAGAAGAUCAUCUCUACUCAC